AGCCUAAAUUCUCGCAAAAUGAGAAGCAUUGUGGCUUUAUACACUGUAGUACUUUGUAUAUGCUGCAGUUUAGGUUCCUGUGGAAGUAAUUGUAUUUCACAGGCCACACUCCUCGAUCUGGAGAGUCCGAACGAUUCUCUCUGCAAAUCCUUUGAAACUUCAAUAGACGGAGUUCCCUCUAAAGUUUAUACUAUAAAGCCAGGAACUGAUGUACAAAGAGUUGUCUACGGAGAAAAAGCAGUUUGGAAUAGCGAGUAUGGUGUCAAGUGUACAUACUGCGUAGUAUUCACAAAGGAUAAGGAACCACGGAUUGUACUCAUAAAGACACAGGAAGUUAAUGGUUCAUUCCAACGGUUCUACUGGUACAAAGCAUCGAAGAGAUGGUAUGAGUAUCUCGACUGUUGUGGCUGUAUUUUCAAGCCAGCGGGAUGGAGUAAAUCCGGUGAGAAAUAUAAGACUACGAUGAAUGAGAUACGCAUGACCCUUGUUCCUGUAGCUCAGUUUUCACUGGACAUUGGUUCCAAGAAAGAAGGUGAUAACUUCAAGAUCCGUAGUUAUGAGAAAGAUGGCGUAUCGUACCGUUAUUACACUGCCAAGGAUGGAUAUCAAGCCAAGAAGGUUGUCGAUGGGAACACGGAGAUUUGGGAAGCAGGAACUGAUCAGACAUGUUAUCUCUGUGAACUCUGUAGAGUUGACGGUGAAUUGAUACUAAGAAUACACAUCAAAAAACAAGAUUAUAAAGCUUUAAUCAAGUGCUAUGAAAAAAGUGGCUCAGGAUGGUCUGAUAUUGACAAUAACACAUUUAAUACCAGGCUGGAGGGAGGGGAAAUCACAGAUGUUGUAACUCCAACGGGGCAUUUGCGCAGAACCCCCAAUGCAAAUCCUACAUACACAGAGGAUGAAGAUUAUGACGAUGAGGAGGAAGUGCACAUGAAAAUGACAUGAUAUCACUUGAAAAGUCACAACCCAUUGUAUGGGUAUAAUGCAGUAAGUCACCACUACAUCACAUGUAAUUGUAUUCACGACAAUAACGCAAAACACUC